UAAAUUUACCAGAUAAAGCCAAAAUUAACAGCAGAGAGAGAGAGCAGAAAUAUGAAUGCAUGAAUAUAUGGUAAGUAAUUUGGGGAGGGAAUAGGGAUUGCCAGAAUAGGAAAGAGAGUAAUUGCAAGUUCUGGGUUUUGAGCAGUGCCUUUGUUCCAGUGUUUGAUGUGGUGAAAGUGUGUUUUUCAAGUUUGAGAAUGAAGAAAGUGAAAUUCAGGAGUAUGAAGGAGCUUUAUGGGGAUAGUAAAGAUGUUUUGGAACCCAAGGUUUCACCAGUGUUGAAAGCCAAUUUUCGUGGGCAAAAGCAUGCAGAUGACACGAAAUGCAUUGCUCUGUCUAAUAGGGGAUCACGUGGAGUAGACGGGUCCAGUAGGGCACGACUUCCAACUCGUCACUCAUCUCGCCUGCAUUCUGAAGGAACAACAUCGCAAAUGGCAGUAAAGGCUGAUUAUGAGCUUUCUGAUGACGCUGCUCAAGGAAAGGGACCUAGGCAGUUCUUUAUAAGUGAUACAGAUAUGAUAUCUCCUGUGAGUAGCUUAUGCAAUGGUAGACGUUGUUCCAGCAGUGAGACAAGUAACCUUGUCAGUGUGUGCUCCAAUCAUGAUUCGCAAGAUGUUUCUAAAGAUACUGAAAUUCUUGAGGAAGUGGAGAACCUUCAAACUGUUGCUGACAACUGUUGCUUGACAAAAGUACCCACCUUUGAUGAAACCCAAAAGAAUUCAGGUCUACUUGAUAAUUGGGAAGAAUCUGAUCAUCUUGUUGAUGGCACCUCUUGCAUUUGCAGAUCAUAUUACACAGACAAAACGGGCGGUGACUAUGACGGUGAAAGAGCUACAGAGAAUUUAUCAUACAGCUCAGCAACACUUAACAGUUUUUCCAUUAUUGGCAAGGAUGUUGAUGAUCAACCUUCCUCCUGUUGUCGGGCUGGCUGUCUUGUUGAUGUAAUUGACAAUGCUAACUGUGGGAACGCUGUUAUAUGUGCUCAAGAAUCUUCAAGGCCAACUUCUCUUCUCCGUAACCAGUCAGACCUUUCAGAAAAUUCUUCCCUGAGAAAUUCCUAUUUUGGUGCUACUUCUCUGAAGGUGGAUCCUUCUGACUGCCACAAACAGGUCGAAUCAACUUUGACAACUCUGAUUAGAACCGGUGGUCAAAGAAGUAGUGUGCAUAGUUUUGCUGAUUCCAUGAAACCUGAUACAGAAAUGAAUCGGGGACACUCAGCGUCGGAAACAGAAAAAAUUUCAGAUCUAAAAGAACUAUUGCCGAAGUCUGGUGAGCAGACUGCAAAACCUAGUAGGUGGCAACCUCAUUUGCAACCUCAGGCUCUCGACUCUGGUGAUGCAAUGGGCAUUGUGGAGGGUGAACAGGUGAAAAUGUGUAAUAUUUGUGGUCAUCCAGGGCGUGAGGAGUUGCUUGCCAUUUGUUGCAAGUGUAGGGAUGGGGCCGAACAUACAUACUGCAUGCAUGCAAAGCUGGACAGGGUUCCUGAAGGUGCUUGGGUGUGUGAAGAAUGCAUGAUGACAGAAGAAGUUGAAAAGCAAAAGCAAGGUACAUUUGAAAGACCAGAUAGAGUAUUGAGGAAAUCACUCUCGAAUAAUCAAAGGCAAAACUCUGGAAAUUCAAGUACUUCCAAUCAUAACAGUACUUUGGAACUGGAAGUUAAAGGUUCAGUUGUUGAGAAAAGCAGGAAUGAUGGAGAUAGUUCUAGUCCUUGCUGGGUAGAGAAGAGACCCGCACUCAAUAUGGAAGGUCUUCCAGUGAAAAGAAUUCGGACUCUCACAAUAAAUCAUACAUCCUCUUCAAUGUUGGUAUCCCGGACCAAAACUGUACUCUGCUGUGCUUCUUCGUUCAACAGCUUGGACAAGAGGGCAGUAAAGCCAGCCCAUGAAGGUUCUGUUCGUAAAUCAAAAUCAUUCAACCAUGAGUUGUCAAAAGUGAAUGUCCAGUUGUCAUAUGAUUGUUUACAAAAGCAAAGUCGUGCCAGUGAAAAUGAUACCAGUGACGACAAAAAAGAGGUAGUUGCAAAUAUGUUCAGCAACGAAAACGCAGACCUCUCAAAUGCGGCAGAUGCAAAGGAUAAAGGGCAGGACUUCGUUAAAAUGACAAAAAAACUAAAAUUACCCGAGUCUCCGGUGACUGCAACUGUGACCGACAGUGGUAUUUAUGCUUCAGUAAUGGAUAAAAAACCUGCCUUUGGUGAUGGAGCUGAUGAUAGUGCUGUGAAGGCUGUGCAAUGUCACGAAAAAACGAGCAAUACAUCCAAGUCUACAUUGACAGAGAAAACAACCGUCCCUGCUGAUGGAGCUAAUGCAUGUGCCCCGCUUUUAUCUAGAUCCAAUGAUAGUUCCGUGAAGGCUGUGCAAUGUCACGAGAAAACGAGCAAUACAUCCAAGUCUACUGGUAAAUUUGGUGAAACAUGCUCUCAAAACAAAAGGCAUAAGAGUAUUGUCAAGGAUGAGAGAGAGCAUCUUGAGUACUCUAAAGAAGCAGCAUUUACUACCAAAGUAAAAACUAGUGAAGAUACUUCUCCUCCUGAUGGCAAGCCUCAUCCAAGAUGCUUACCCGAGUAUGCUUCUGCAGUAGAUGGUCCUUUCUGGAUUUCUACCGUUCCUCAACGUAAUUAUAUAUGGAAAGGUGGAUUUGAAAUUCACAUAAUUCGUAGAGGUGUGAAACUUUCAAGGUUUUGCGAUGGGAUCCAAGCACACUUAGCAACUGGUGCUUCACCUAGAGUUCUUGAAGCAGUGGAAAAACUACCUCAGACAUUUCUGUUGAAGGAAGUUCCUCGCUUGAGUAUGUGGCCAGCACAGUUCUCAGAAAAUCAGGCAACUGAGAACAACAUUGCCCUGUACUUUUUUGCAGAAGAUCUUAAGAGCUAUGAGAGCAGCUAUAAUGUCUUGGUGGAGAACAUGAUUAAGAAUGAUUUAGGUCUGAAAGGAAACUUCAAUGGAACUGAGCUAUUAGUUUUCGCAUCUAACCUCCUUCCUGAAGGAUCGAAACGCUGGAAUAAUUUGUCUUUCUUAUGGGGAGUAUUCAGAGAGGGAAGGGUGAAUUUCCCAAAACAAAUACCGUUUUAUGUGUCUUAUUCGAAUUUCUCACCAUCAAACCAGUACUUUUCUCUUCCUUCGUUGUCUGCAAUAAAUAACACAUGCUUCCCUGGACAAUCCAGUGAAAGUUCAUUGUCAUCCAAUAUAUUUUCCAAUAUUGAACCCAAAUCAAACUUUUCUACGUCACUAGCAUCUCCAGUUUUUUCUUCUGAUAAAAGCGUCGAUGAUGGUCAAACAAAACCAUCACUUGAGCAGAAACUCCUUGUUCCUGAAGAAAAUCCUGACCAGCAACCACACAUGGUCAAACCUCCAACUAGAAGUGAGCAGCUCUCCCGAGACACAGCACACGCUGGGUCACUGCAGAGAGAAGGAAGAGAAACAAAGCGACGACCGGAUAUUGAUCUCAACCUUCAAGCAGAUGAAGAAUGUAAUCUUGACACAGAAUGUAAUAUGGAAGGACAAUUGGAAUAUGGAAGUCAAGGACCCAAGCUUCCACCUGCAACCGAAAACUACUUCUUAGAACAGCCUUUGAUUUCUGGCAUUGCCGGUGAUACCACAAGCAGGAAUGUCACAUAUUCCAAUCUACUGGCAAGGAACCAGAACAACGAUGAUGAUGACUCGCCAUCCCUCCGUCUUGCGUUGCCGCUAUUUUGCAAUCAUAGCAAUGUGGAUACUUCGUUAUCUCUCAGUAGUCUCUCUAGAAAGUAGGAACUCUUUCUUAAGGCUUAGAAUUAUGCUUUUUGCAUGGUAGUCUAGCAUGAAUACAGUGAUGUAUAGCAACCACAGUGGAUAAGGGCCUUUAUAGAAAAAAAUUCCAACAGCAGAGAAGUAUUCAUCUUUUCAACUGUUCUUUGGUCAGUGCACAUAAAUGCUGAUCAAGUGAAAAAGGAAACCAUAUUGAUAAA